GCAGCUGGAGUUUGUCUGUUCGGUGGUCAAAAUACGACCGCCUUCCAGGAGUUCCCUCCCCCGGCAACUGUUAAGAUUUUCUUUCUUCCUGGGCUUCAUGUUAUGAAAAGCGGCCCACGCUCGGUCGGCCUAUUAACGCACUCUCAGAAAGAAUACGAUGAAGAGAAUGGAAUCCAGAAAGUUGCACUCUUGGUGGUGGGAUAGUCAUAUUGGUACCAAGAACUCCAAAUGGCUUUCCGACAAUCUCGAGGAGAUGGACCAGGGCGUGAAAAGGAUGUUGAAACUUCUCGAAGAAGAUGGAGAUUCUUUUGCAAAAAAGGCAGAAAUGUACUAUAAAAGGAGGCCAGAUUUGAUCUCCCACGUGGAGGAGUUCUACCGCAUGUACAGGUCUCUGGCGGAGCGUUAUGAUCACCUGACUGGAGAAUUGCGCAAAAACAUUCCUUCAGAUCUCCAAUCUCAGGGCUCUGGCAUCUCAGACAUCGGUUCUGAACUGCCUUCUUCAUUGCCCUCACCUGAUUUAAAGCUAGGUCGCCGCAGAUCUGGGCUUCAAGCUGCUGGCUUUGACUUCUUCCUCGGUUCUGGUGGAAACAACUCUGAUGGUUUUCGUAGAGAAGGAGAUGAAUCAUCUUCACUGACAGAUUCUGAGCCUGAAUGUGAUUCUUCCUCAGUUAACAAUUACUCAGUUUAUUCGGGCAGUGGCAUUGAUCAAGGGCUACAUUUGAAAGUGAUGGAACUGGAGAAUGAACUCCGGGACAUGAGAGAGAGGGUCCAGAUGCAGGAGGAAGAAAAUGGAGAUGGCUUACGGAGAGAACUAAAAUCUGAUGUUUCUGAUGAUAUUGCAUCUAUAAUCUCAAAGUAUGAGAAGGAGCUCAAAACUGCAAACGAGAAGGUCCACCUUUCGGAGGAGGAGAUCGCUAAGUUAAAGAUUCAGCUCCACAAAUAUGGUUCUAAGGAAUGUGCUAAUGACAUGUUGGAGUUGGAUGCACUGACAUUGACAAAGGAAGACAUCAAAAUGCCGAAGGUUGAGCUGGACAUACAUGAGACUCUGGAAUCACAGCAUCCGGAACGUAAGAAUCAGGUUUUGGUGGAAGAGAUUAAAAUCCUAAAAGAAAAGCUUCAGGAUGGAAUGACAGAAAUAGCUAGUUUGAGAAAAGAGCUUGAGGACAGUAGAUCCUCAGAGAAAAAUCGAUUUUUGCAGGAUCAGCUCGAAUUGGCUCAAAAAGAUGCUGCUACUUGGAAAACCAAGUAUAAUGCAGAGAAAAGAGAGGUCUCAAAACUUCAAGAAAGAAUGUUAAGACUGAAAACAAGUUUAUCAGACCGGGAUCAUGAAAUUAGGGAACUGAAAACUGCGGUAUCUGAUGCUGAGGAGAAGAUUUUUCCAGAAAAGUAUCAGAUCAAGGCUGAAAUAUCUAGACUGCUCGAAGAGCGGAAGCACAUGGAACAGCAGCUCAGAGAAGAGGAGUCACGAGUACGCUGUCUGGAAGACGAAAUCAGAAAGGUGAAAGCUGAGAGCAUAGGAAUGGAAGAACGGCUUAGCAAAGUCAUCGAUCGUAUGAAAGCAGAGAUGGCCGCUGGAGCCGAUUGCUUGGAAAAUUUAAAGAGAAGCUACGACAUGCUCCUAUCAGAGAGAAACGUGCUAGAUGCGGAAGUCCUUAGGCUCAAAGAAGAGAUUAGGUCAAAGGAGGAUAAGAUGGAUCAAAAGAAUAGGCAUUUGGAGAAGUUAAAUACGGAGCACGUUGAGCUGAUUGCUGCUUCUGAAGGGCUUCGGAAGGUGGUGGAAGAAUGGAGAAGAAGAGCCAAGGAGAUGGAGGAAGAGAUCCAGAGGAGAGAUGGCAUGAUCUUGGAAAGUGCAGAGCAGAAGCGGGAGGCUAUAAGACAGCUGUGCUUUUCGUUGGAGCAUUAUAGAAACAACUAUCAUACGCUGAGACAUGCCUUUGUAAAGCACACAACAAUUACACGCAUAGCAUAGCAUACUUAAUGGAUGAUACGUGUGAACCUUCUUCGUCUGCAGAUUGUACAUUAAUCUCAGGAAGCUAGGGUACACAGGGACUCGAGGAGAGAGCAACUGGGUGACCUGCAGUCUCCUUGGUGAUUUGGAUUUUCGACGUCUUCCCCGGUAUUUGUUUGGACUGCUUCUUUUUCAUAUUGGAUCUGCUGGAGUACCUCAGGAACACAUCAUGGCUGCUUGUGAUUUGAAUGCGGCCUUAUGGGGCACGGAGAUACAAAUCAAAGCAGACUCCCCGUCAAGCUUCCCUGUGCCAGCCGUUUGCUCUUCCACUUUCUGCUUGGUAUUUGGUAAUUCCAACCUGUAAUUGGUGAGGUUCGGUUUUUUCUGUUACAAACUUUGCUAUCAACUAAGAAUGGCAGCCCUUAUCCUUACA